AUGGAGAUUGAAGGCCUGUUACGCUUUGCUCGCGACCACAUUCUACUCCUUGCUGGCGGCUGCAUCAUACUUAUCGUUAUGAUGCUAUUCAGUACCAGGGCGGAUUUUGAACAGUUAUUUGACCGUAUACACAUGUAUGGAACUUCUAACAAGAUUCGGCUGAAAAAGCUAGCUGUCCAGCCUAAGGAUGAACGUGAGAAAUCUUGUCAAUGGCUCAUUGAACGGCUCUAUUUGGUCCAGAGACUCCAUAAAUGGAGGCAACGACAAAUAUUCCUUAGAGAAACAAUAAUCGAAUUCGCUAUGCAAGGGAAACUAGACAAAAUACAUGAUCUGGAUAACUGGGGGCCUAGAAACUGGCAACACAAGUUGUUGAAUGAGGCAGGUAAGGCCUGGGCUCUCACGAACGAAUGGCAUGACCUUCAUCAACGCAAGCCUGAGGGCCCCGGGAUAAGGCUACGUGACGCUCGUAUCUCCCAGAUUCAUAAAACCCUACGAAAUAACCCGACCAAACACCUUUCUCAGCGAUAUCUAGUGGAGGCAUGCGAGGCACGAGGUGGUUGCUGUGCGAGGGCAUGCCAGUGCUGUAUGAAACCACGUGGGCAAUACCCAGAUAAAAGACUAUACUACGCCCAUUGCACGCUAUUCUGCGGAUGUUGUGUUCGCAGCCGAGGAUUCGUACGACAUAAGGAACAGGGCAAAGAUAUUGAAGGGCUCACCGAUGUUUCAACUACGCCUUUCUCUAUUGAAGGCUCUGGAUGGUUCAAAGUAUUGUAG